AUCUUUUCCACUUCCUCAUUUUGCUCCCUUCACAAACCCUAGCAGCCACUUCCACACCACACACACUUCACAAUGAAGUACAAUCCUAGGGUUACAUCAUCCCGGCGCAAGAACCGGAAGGCGCACUUCACGGCGCCGUCCUCCGUCCGCCGUGUCUUGAUGAGCGCGCCGCUCUCCACCGAUCUCCGCCAGAAGUACAACGUCCGAUCUAUGCCGGUGCGCAAAGACGACGAAGUCCAGGUCGUCCGCGGUACCUUCAAGGGACGCGAGGGCAAGGUCGUCCAGGUUUACCGUCGCAAAUGGGUUAUCCACAUCGAACGCAUCACCAGAGAGAAGGUUAACGGUUCGACCGUUAACGUCGGAAUUAACCCGUCGAAGGUUGUUGUGACUAAGCUCCGUCUGGAUAAGGACAGGAAGAGUUUGCUCGAUCGGAAGGCUAAGGGCCGCGCCGCUGCUGAUAAGGAUAAGGGCACCAAGUUUACGGCUGAGGAUAUUAUGCAGAACGUUGAUUGAUUGCGGUUUACUUUUGGUUAAGUGAAGUUUUUAAUUUUUUUAAAGUAUUAUUAAUGAUAGAAUGUUUUAAGAAGAAUUUUGCUUUAAUUAUCUGCCAGGAUUUUGUCUUUAAUCAUUUUGUUAUUCGGAAGCUGAAUUUUGGCUAUGUUUUAAUUUGCUUAUCAUUAUAUAUUGUGUUGUCAUUUUAUA